AUGUUGAGAGCUUUGCCACUCAAAGCACUCAGUGGCAAAAGGGAUUCUCUACAAAGAUCUGACAGGGCUUGCAAGCUAUGGCGACUUGAGAUUGGCAUGCUCUUCCCAUGGGCAGAGCCUCCACCAGAAGCGCCAGCGGAAGCAAAGCCGAAUGAAUUUCCUGAUGGCACCCCCGGCCGGAAACGUCGAGCUAGUCGAACAGGGACGGCCACACUGCCAGCUGCUCGGCGUCGCAGGACGGCGACCUCUAAUUGGCGCCCAGCAUCCGGUUGGGCAAAGAGGACCGCAGAAGCACCUUCAUCGCACCCGGCAACAUCAAGCUCACUCUUCACACAGCCGAUCUACUCGCACGGCAAGGUUCCAAUGAAUUCUGAUGGUUUCAUGGUGAGGCUUGGAACAGAUGCUGGCUUCCGUGGAAGGUGGUACUGUGGACGCAUCCUGGAUCCUUCUGAUGUGCCUGGAGCUGCUGAUCAAUGUGGUCCCGAGGGAGGGCCUCAGUGCCAUUCCUGUGCGUUAUUUCAGAAGUACUACGAGCCUGAUUUGAAUGACGAUGGCUUCCCUGUCAAGCGAAGUACGCACGUGAAAUCCUGUUACAAAUUCUACUGUGGAAGGCCAGGAGUCGUUGCCGGAAGUGGUGGGCAGUGCGGGCCGACGGAAGGGCCUCAAUGUCCAUCAUGUCAGCGUUUGCAGGAGUCCUUUAAGGCAUACUAUGUCAAUGAUGAGGGAUGCCAACUGCAACUUGGAAUCAGCCGAGGCUUCCGUGGCAACUACUAUUGUGGCCGGGUAUUGGGAGUCCAAGCAAUCCCGGAUUCGGACGGCCGAUGCGGCCCAGCCGAUGGUCCUCAAUGUCCUUCAUGCAAGAGAUUCCAAAAAUCUCAGCAGAUCUGGAUUGAUGAAGAUCCAACGCUAUCACAGCCAUCACAGCCACCAGAAGCCCACGAUUCGGACGCUGAUGCUUCUGCGUCCGAGGCGGAAAGGGAGACGAGCAAAGCCAAAGCGCGGAAGGAAGCACGCAAAGAAGCACGCAAAGAAGCACGGAAAGCAACACGAAAGCUGCCGGUGAAGCCGGUCACGGUCAAGGAAGAGAGAGAUGAAACGCGGCCGUCAGCAGCUGCCAAAGCUGCUGCAAAGAAAGGCCGCAAAGACGUGCAGUCCAUUCAAACAAUCAAAGAAGAGCCAGAUACCAGGACCUCACGAGGUCGUCCACAAGCGAAGGCGAAGGGGGCGUCACGGGCGUUUGCCACCUCGGCCACCAGUGAGAGCACCGCCAGCAGCCCGAGCCCCUCGCGGAGCCCUUCGCGGAGCCCCUCGCGCUCACGCAGCGCCAGCGCAACGCCCGUGGUGCGGAAGAUACCGGAGGUGCCGACUCCUGCCAACAGGACCUUGUGCUCUGAAUGUGGCAGAGAUGAUUCUACCAAAGACAAGGGAGGCCUGCUCAUGUGUGGCAUGAUGGGACCUGGCUGUCGAAUUGCUACGCACAUGCGCUGCUGCCGGCCACGAGUGAAGGAGCUCCCGGCCGGGGAUUGGUACUGCGAAGCAUGCAGAGUCAAUCCACAUCGGCACACACUGCAUUGCUCUAUUUGCGGCCUCGGUGACACUCCUGAAGAGCUGUUGCUGUGUGACUUGGGUGGACGAGGCUGCCAUCGAGCCACGCACCUGCGCUGCUGCCGUCCACCAUUGAAGAAGAUUCCUGAGGGGGACUGGUAUUGUGCAGUUUGUGAGAAAGCACCUGGAGCAGCAUCCAGGCCAAUGGUCGCUGCAGAGAAUGCUCAGGGCAGUUCCAAGGGCGCUGGCAAGGGCAAGCAAGGGCAAGUCUACCAGAGCGUCGGUGAUGCACUCAAGGUUGCUGCGGCGAGCCGUGCAGCAGCUCCAAUGCAAUCAACGCAACCAAGACAGCCAACGCAAUCAAGACAACCUUCAAGACAACCGCGUACUUUGGAUUGA